CUGUGUGUGUGUGUGGACAGCGCAGGGAGUGACCGCACUGAUAAGACAGACAAACCCUGCCCGUUUCACAAACUUAUAUCACAAUACAGCAGCAUGUGUGGAGACUUAGCUCUAGGUGUGUAAGCAUUUUUAGUCCGCUCAGACAACACACACACACACAUACUGUAUAACGUUACAUAUCGCUUAACGUUACGUAGCGGAGGAGCUGACAACCAGAGAGAGAGAGAUCAUGUGGCUGCCCAUGCUUGGAAUGACCGCCCUGCCUCACCUGGGAGGGCUCUACGGCGGCUACAUCACACGCAAAGAGGUGAAGACCUGGUACCCAACCCUGCAGAAACCAUCGUGGCGCCCACCAAAUGCAGCGUUCCCUGUGGUGUGGACCUGUCUGUAUACAGGCAUGGGGUACGGCUCCUACCUGGUGUGGAAAGAGCUGGGAGGUUUCAAAGAGGAUGCACUGGUUCCACUGGGACUUUAUGGGCUGCAGCUUGCUCUCAACUGGACCUGGACUCCUAUCUUCUUUGGUGCACACAAGCUGAAAUUGGCACUCAUGGAGAUUAUCCUGCUCACUGGGACUGUCGGAGCCACCAUGGUGUCUUGGUAUCCCAUCAGCCGCACUGCCACUCUGCUUAUGGCACCCUACCUGUCCUGGCUGUGUCUCGCCACCGCUCUCAACUACUGCAUAUGGAGAGACAACCCUGAGAAGAAAGAGGAGUAGGAGACAGUUCUGUGUGCUUUGAAACAAACUACUCACAUUUUGAAUCGUUUGAACUGAACUGAUAUCUCUGAGGUUUAAUACUAAUAUACACAACAAUCAAUAUCUGCAAAUGUGUUGAUUAACAAUUACAUUAAACAAAUCACAAGAUAAGUUGAAUGUUUGACUUUGUACAACCUGCCUUUGACCUACCGUCUUAAUAGUUUAUUAACCAAAUUGAUCUCUGAUGUGCAUUCAUUCAAAGCUCUUAAAAACUUGCCAGUAUAUCAUGCGUUGUUGUAUUUGCUGUGUGAAGCCACUUUUAUUUGUUUUUUAUAUAAAGAAUCUCAAGAGUGCUGUGUUGUAGUUUCUGCUAUAACUCAAAUUAAAAUAAAGAUUUCUAUACAAUUUA